GAAGUGGGUCAGCGGCGCCGCGGAGGGGCAGGUGCCAGAGCCGCCCGGUGCCGCCCGGUGCCUCCCGGUGCCGCCCGGUGCUCCCGGUGCCCCCGCUCCCCCCGCCGGCCCAUGCGCCCCCCCGCGCGCUCCUGACCGCCGCCGGCCACGAUGCGAGCCCAAAUCGAAGUGAUCCCAUGCAAGAUCUGCGGAGACAAGUCCUCGGGGAUCCACUACGGCGUUAUCACCUGCGAGGGCUGCAAGGGCUUUUUUCGGAGGAGCCAGCAGAACAACGCCAGCUACUCCUGCUCCCGGCAGAGGAACUGCCUGAUCGACCGCACCAACCGCAACCGCUGCCAGCACUGCCGCCUGCAGAAAUGCCUGGCGCUGGGCAUGUCCCGCGACGCGGUGAAGUUCGGCCGCAUGUCGAAGAAGCAGCGGGACAGCCUCUACGCCGAGGUGCAGAAGCACCAGCAGAGCCAGGAGCAGAGCGGCAGCACCAAGGAUGAGCCCGAGCCCCUGAGCCGCGUCUACACCACCAGCGUCAGCAGCGGGCUCUCGGACCUGGAUGACAUCUCCACGCUGUCGGACGGGCUCCUCUUCGACUUCCCCCUCACCCCCGAUGGCAGCAGCACCUACUACAACCUCGACCUGCUCGCCUCGGCGCAGCCUUCGCCCGACCAGUCCAGCCUGGACGUGGCCGAUGCCACGCUCAUCAAGCAGGAGUCCAUCUACGAGCUGAUGCUGGAACCAGCCCUGUUCGCCCACGGCGCGCUGGAGGGCGGCCAGCUGCCCGCCGAUAUCUCCGUCCUCGAGAUCGACCGGGUGGCCCAGAACGUGGUGAAGUCGCACCUGGAGACGUGCCAGUACACGACGGAGGAGCUCAAGCGCCUGGCGUGGAGCCUCUACUCCCCCGAGGAGGUCCGUGCCCUGCAGAGCAAGAGCUGCGAGGCCAUGUGGCAGCAGUGCUCGCUGCAGAUCUCCAACGCCAUCCAGUACGUGGUGGAGUUCGCCAAGCGCAUCGACGGCUUCAUGGAGCUCUGCCAGAACGACCAAAUCAUCCUCCUGAAAGCCGGUUGCCUCGAGGUGCUCCUGAUCCGCAUGAUCCGCGCAUUCAACCCCUUGAACAACACCGUCCUCUUCGAGGGGAAGUUCGGCGGCGUGCAGAUGUUCAAAUCGCUCGGCUGCGACGACCUCAUCGGCGCCGUCUUCGAGCUGGGGAGGACCCUGUGCCGCCUGCAGCUGUCGGACGAGGAACUCGCCCUCUUCACCGCCGCCGUCCUGCUCUCCCCAGAUCGCCCGUGGCUGACGGAGUCCAAGAAGGUGCAGAAGCUCCAGGACAAGGUCUACGUGGCCCUGCAGCACGAGAUCCAGAAGAAACACUCCACGGAGGACAAGCUCUCCAAGAUGGUUUCCAAGCUGCCCUUGAUGAAGACCAUUUGCAACCUGCACUUGGACAAGCUGGAAUUUUUCCGUCUCCUGCACCCAGAGACGGCCAUGAACUUCCCACCCCUCUAUAAGGAGGUCUUCAACUCGGAGCUUCAGUACAGCGACCCACGGGAGAGCUAAGGCUGGGAGCCGCUGGCCCCCUUUGAGUUCCCCAAAAUUUGGAGACGAACUAAACUUCAGAGGUUUGGGGCAGUUUAUUUAAAUCAAAUAAUCAAACUCAAGAGAGCCCAGGGGCUGGGCUAUCUCCCCAGCCCCAUUUCCUCGCUGUGGAUUGCAAUAGCUCUUGAAUGUAAAGCACCUUGAAGGAAAAAGCAAACAGACUUUGCCAUACCAGUGAAAUGAAUGUGAAAUAUUCGCUUGGGAGAGGAGAUGUUCCGGGCAGCGGUAAGGGACCGACUCCUGCCCGCAGUGCACGGAUCCAGGGGAGCACACGCCAUGCACACACCGCUGUGCUCGCGGCACGGCCCUUCCCGCUGUCCUGGCUGCACUCUCCAUCUCCGAUUUUUAUUUUUUUGUAAUUAUUAUUAUUUUUUUUUUUUUUUUUUACCCAAACACAAGGCAUGGGAUAAAGAAGGGGCAACACAGACUCGGCUGGAUAGGCGUGAGCCAGGCCAGUGGGAGCAGCUUUGAUCUCAUGCUGGAGGCAAGGAGAGGGCGAAGGUAGAGCCUUUGCUUUAUUCCUUCUCCCAUGGGUGCAGCGAGCCCACAGGGCACGGUGUGACCUCAGGAGCUUCGCCAAGAAAGACCUGGCUGUGGCUGGGGGCAGGAUUCAGCACAGGAUUUUCCUGUGGAGGAGGCUGGUUCAAGUGAAAGGAUGCCCAGUGCAGCAGAGGAAAAGCUUUCCAGGGUCUCCGCGCCCUCCGUCAGAGCAUUUUUCCAAAUGCCUGGCCAACUCCCCAUCCAGCUGGCCAGCUGUGGCUUUUUGGAGCUGAUUUGGCAGGUCUACCCCCCUCAUGCCACCUUCCCGCGUCCCGAGAGCUUUUCAGAGAGGGGCUUUGCCCUUGCGACUGUGGCCAAAGCCCAGCUCCUGGCUGCUCCCCCGCAGAGGCAGCCGCAGGCGCUGGGGCUCGGUGCCUGUCCCCGCACGUCGUCGCAGGCAGGGACUCUUUGGGUGCUGGCUGUUGGGUGUAGUUUUCUUAUCGAGACCAUUAAAACCAUCCCGUGGCUCAGCACCCAGAGGAGGUUUUGUGGCCUUUCCUCCACCCAACCUCCAGCCAGUCCCACUGCCAGGUUCCCCCUUCCCGUGCCGGGACCACUGGGAGAGCAGCCACGGCGACUGUUGCAGGAUGAGUUGGACCCGGGCUUUCCCCCCCAAGGAGCUCGUUAGAACUGUUAUUUUGGGUCUUUUUCUCUAUUUAGCAGGACCUGGGAGCUUUUUAGGGAGAGAAACUGCCCGUUGGGGUCAAGGGGAAGCAAAAGGUUCUUAUUCCUUCCCUGGGAAGUCGCGGUAUGGUUGGGACCUGCUGCUCCGAGCUUGGGAGGCUCAAAAGGUGAAGAAGGGAUGUAUUUGUGGGGUGAUGCUGUGAUAGCCCGCAGCUGGCGGGGCUGCUCAAGGGACUCUUUGACCAGGCUCUGCAGAUGGUUUUUCUGUCCCUAUUCCUGCUCCUCCUGCAGCGAAUGCGAAAAGCUACAAGGGAGAAACCUGCUGUGAGGCAGCCCCAGUUUCUGCUGGCAAAGGGCUAAAACCCCAAGCCCCUUCCCGCUUUGUGUAGAUUUCUCUUGCAUCCACCCCCAUCCUCUGGCAGCUCGGAUCAUCUCCACGAGUGAGCCGAAGACCUUCAGUUCCAUAACUGCACCCCGUGAACUAAAUGAACAGCUUUUUUAGCAAUGGUAGGGGAUAUUCAUGCUUUUGGUUAAAAGACCUCCUACGGAAGACCGUGGACCAACCUCAACCAGGGAAGACUCACCAGGAAGCUGAUGAGAUUUCUGCUUCGGUAUAAGGCAGAGAAGAACUUGGGACCGUGCUAUUCCCCAGCAGCUACCGCCCGCCACGUACAGCCGCGUGCUUUCUGGUUUUGCUAACCGCCGUCUGAACUGCUCCUCGGAGCGUAUCGGAGCUCGUCAGCCUCCUUUCUCUCCCCGAUGGCGUUAGAGCCCAGGUCUCUGGUGAAGGCUGCUGACCCUCCCAGCCGCCCCACUCGAUGUGGAGUGCCAAUGCGUCGUUCUCCAGCACAGCGUUCACCGGGGUGGGGAUGCGCUGUGCUCGUCUCCUGCCCUCUUGGAUCCUAAAGCUUGCGAGAAGUCAGUACUGCCUUUUUUGUUUAGAGGGUUGUGCCUUUUUUUUGAAGAAUCAUUUCCGACAGCACCAUUCGCUUCCCAGCUCCUCUUUGCAGGGAAAAGCACUCGAGAAAAUGAAUGUGCUUUGUGGAGGGGGCUCCCGCCCUCCAUUUCUGCAAGACAGCAGCACUCCCUUUCUCGGAGGAAACAGCCGCAGGUGUUUUGAAAUGUUUUUUGGGAAAAAAAAAAAAAAGCACACACCCUUCUUUAUGUCCUUGGUAUUCGUCAGCCAACGUGCACCAACGGUCAACAUCACUGUUUUCAUUUCAUCCGGCAAAGAAACCAAGAAAGCACCUUAAAUCAGGAAAAGACUGAGCCCUCACCACUAGUUUUUUCUGGCUUACGACACAGCGUCCAUCUCCUGGGAGAGCUUUUGGAUUCUGAGCAAUAAAAGCCCCCGUGGGAAUCUAGGGAAGACUGGAACUAUUAAACACGUGUAACUCAACCUGCCAAACUGCGGGAACCUGCACUUUUAAGUUCUCUUUAAAGGAACUGUCUCGUUGAUUAAGUGAUUUCUUGCCUGGGACGGGUGACGCACGUCGAAAGAGAUGGCAAGGGCGCGCCAACCCCCCGCGGCACCUCUGCUGGCUGCAGCCUCGGCUUUCGGCUCGCCCGAGCGCGCGGGGCCGUAGAGGCAGUGCCAAGGUCCCUCACGCUCCCUCUGUGCCACCAAGAGCAGCGGCUCGGCAGAGCCAGGCAUCGAGCUUGUACGGAAAGGGCGAACAAAAAAGCCUUGGGUGAAAAUGCCUGAAAAAGGGGGAUUUCUGCUCUCCCCUGCGCCGGAGCUGCGUGUGGCCAGUGAAGAUGAGGCACGGGAGCCCCGAGCCCCCUGACUUGCUUUGAUGCUUGGUCCUCAACGUCUCGGUGGUGUUUCCAUCCCACCAGCCACGAGACGUUUUGCCUCUUUAUUUUCAAACAGAUCUCGGCAGCCGUUCCCUUGAGUGGGGCAACCUCAGCCGUGAGGGAUUGCUCUUUUCCAGACCAAGAUUUUGUGUUUGUUUGUUUGCUCUGGCAGUUUAGCUGAGUGUGCAUUUCCACCUCCAGAACCCUCACACUGUGUAUAAAAAUGGAUAAUAUAUAUAUAUAUAUAAUAUAUAUUCUUGUGAAUGUUGGUGCAAAAGAGAAAACUAUAUAAAGUUUCAGUUGGUUUUAUGUUAUUUUUUAUCUAUAUGAAUGAAAGGAAGAAAUGGAAAACAUUUUUUUCCAUUUACCACCCUUCACACACACCUACCUGUAGAUACCGACAGGUUUUAUGGAAAUGUUUUAAUUUUUAGAUUUAGGAACAUGCUUCUGUUCUCAUUGAAUGUUCUGUCUUGUAAGAUUGUAAUUUCUAUUUUUUUAAAGAAAAGAAAAUGACUAAAUAAAAUUUCCUCUUUCGGACCAGUCAGCUAGGAAGGGAGGGCAGGGGAGGGAGAAAUGUUUAUUUAAGGACAAAAGCAUUGUCUGAAUUUUUCAUGACGUAAAAUAAAAAGUAAUAUAAUGUAUGGAUGAAAAACUUUUUACUGAGGUGUAUUCUAUAGGUAUAUAGAUGUAUAUUGCGCAAAAUUUGCAGGGAGAAAAAUAAAGUCUGGUUUACAAGGUAAAAAAUCCAAUAAUUUUGGAAAUAGUGACUGUGAUUCCAAAUUUUAGCAAAGGGUGAGACUGGAAGCAAAGCCCUCAAAGUCAUGGAAAAGCCUUUCA